AUGGUUAGGAAGAAUUGUGCAAUGGGUUCAUUGGACAUGCACACCAUGAUCCAUUGUAGCAUAAUUAUUUUCUUCCUUGGAGGAUUAGCAACUAUGAGUUACUAUAAUCAAGAUGCCGAUAAAAACAACAUUGAAGUUUCUCUACUUGCGGCUACAACAUCAUCGUAUUCAAAUACUACUACGAGUACAAAAGUUUUAGAUCAUCAUUUGAAACAAAUGAAGAUCAAUAACGCCGCGCCACCAACUCACACAUGUGAUUUGUUCUCUGGCCGAUGGGUUUAUGAUAACAAGAGUAGUCAUUACCCUUUGUAUAAAGAAGCUGAGUGCCCGUAUCUUGAGGAUUCUUUCGCUUGCCAAACUUAUGGAAGAAAGGAUACGAAUUAUCUUCAAUGGAGAUGGCAACCCCAUCACUGCGACUUCCCUGGGUUUGAUAGCAAAGCAGUAGUAGAGAAGCUAAAGGGUAAAAGGGUAUUGUUUGUGGGGGAUUCCUUAAACAGGAAUCAAUACAAUUCUAUGAUUUGCAUGCUUCAUUCAUCAAUCCACGGGAAAAAGAAAGUUGAUGGAGACGGCGGUAACCUACAUACUUUCAGGGCGACUGACCACAAUAUAUCCAUUGACUUCUACUGGGCUCCAAUGCUAGUCGAAUCGAUUGGGGACAGUCCAACUAGCCAUCAUUCUAAUGAUAGAGUUGUUCGAAUGAAAACCAUUGAGAAGCAUUCUAGGCAUUGGAUUAAUGCAGAUGUACUCGUCUUUAAUUCAUAUCAUUGGUGGAGAUCACCUGUAGUUAAGCUCGCGCAAAGUGUAGAAACAAGCUUGGAUGGUCCUAAUCAAGUAUAUGAGCAAAUCGAUUAUCUGACUGCCUACAAGAUGGCUCUCAAAGCUUGGUCCAAAUGGGCACUUACCCAAGUUGAUCACUCCAAAACCAAGAUGUUUUUCAUGGGGGCUACACCAACUCAUUCGAGGGCUAAAGACUGGAGAGGACAGUACUAUCCAAAUUGUUAUGGAGAAACAGAGCCACUGAAAGAGGGUGAAUUAGUAAGGGUAACCGGAAUAGAUUCGAAUAUGUUGAAUAUAUUAGAGUCAUCAUUGAGAAAGUUGAAAGCCAAGGGGGUAAAUGUAGAUAUUAUAAACAUAACACAACUAACACAAUACAGAAAAGACGGGCAUACCACUGUUUACAGGAAAUAUUGGCGUCCCUUAACCGAGCUUCAAAUUAAGCAGCCAGAACUCGCUUCUGAUUGUUCACAUUGGUGUCUUCCCGGCGUUCCUGAUAUAUGGAAUGAACUUCUGCUGGCUUUUAUUUUCCGAUAA